AAUCAGCUUUUCCAGUUUGAAUAACAUGGUAGAAGUAGGUGAACUUCUCUGUGUUUCAGAACCUUUUGUGCAUGUUUUAGCAAACAAGGAACAUGAAUUUCGUUGUGAAAGUUGCUUGGAAAGAGCAGAGACCUUGAAAAGAUGCAGUGCCUGUAGCACAUUGAAAUACUGUAGCAUUAAAUGUCAGAGGUCUGACUGGAAUGUCCACAAAAAGGAGUGUCGGUGUCUAAAGAGACUACAGUCAAAGAUCCCCACAGACAGUAUACGACUGUUACUGAGGCUGGUCAUCAGAUUCUCUGACUGGUGUCUUUCACAAGAGGCUAAAGGUCCUCUCACAUUGAAUAGGUCAUUCAACGACCUUAUGUCACAUGAAAAGGAAAUCAAGAGGGAUGGUAAACGGUGUGAGCAGCUCUCCCAACAUUUGUUUACAUUACAGAAAGUCACAGCUGGGAUUCUGGACCUCCCCUCCUCUCAAGAUCUCAUGCAUAUCUUUGGAAAGAUGACCACCAAUAGUUUUACUAUUUCUGUUUAUAUGCAGCCCAUUGUUACUGAUUUCUAUUUUUAACCCUCUCUGCUGGAUCACAGAUGUAAGCCCAAUGCAGUCACUACAUUCCAGGGGAAAUGUCUACACCUGAGGGCUGUAGAACCUAUACCUAAUCCUUCACCCUCCAAUGUAUUCAUCAGUUAUAUUGAUCAACUUGACACCACAACUGAGAGAAAGAAGAAUUUAAGGGAGCAGUACUAUUUUGACUGUGUUUGUUCCUGGUGUCAAGAUCUAGAGAUGGAGAAAGCAAAGCAGGCAAUAAAAUGUCCCAAGAAAGACUGCAAUGAAGGUUUUGUCACAGUUCUGGAUGAUGACAUCACGAUCACUUCCUGUUCUGCCUGUGGUCAGUCCAUCAGUGAUGAAGAAUUCAUUCGGAAGGCCUCGGGUCUGGAGGAAGAUUGCCAGAGAUGUCUGGAGGAGGCUAAAGCAUCCAAACAGUCAAAAGAUCCAGAGAGAGUUUUAAAUAUUUGUGAGAAGUGUAUGAACUGUUAUGCUGACCUGUUUCACCCACUGAAUCUAAAUCUGGUAAAGAUUCUGGACUUAGCUUUUGAUGCUUCCUUAGAUUUACAGCAGUGGGAGAAAGCUGUGAAUUUUGGGAGUAAGACACUACCAGCAUACAGGAAGUACUACCCUCCCUACAGUCCUAAUGUCGGUAUUCAGCUGCUGAAGCUGGGCAAGAUUCAACUUUAUUUACAAAACCUCAAGGAAGCUCUCAUCUACCUGCAACAGGCUGAUGACAUUUUAUUUGUCACACAUGGACGAAAUCACACUCUCUAUAAACAACUCAUAGAACUGCUGGAUCAGGCACAGGAAGAAAUGAGAACGAGGCUGGAAAAUGGAAGCUAGAUCAGACUCUGUGAUUGGUCACUAUAAAUAAU